AUGUAUUACAACUUCAGCAUUUUCACUCAGAGGCUAACUGGGUCUGUUUCCUAUACGGCACAUAGUCCUCGGGUUUUAUAGACAAUUGUACCUUCUGAAGCCUCUACAUUGAUCUUUGCUACCCAAACCAAAAUGAUAGCUGAAUCAGGAGCUUCUAUAGAGUACAUGGGUUCCAACAUGGUUCCAGACCUCCAGAAGAUAUUUCAGUCUUCAGAUGGUAUCCCUGUGCACCUUAAGCGUGGUGUUCCAGACUGGCUCCUAUACAGAACCACCAUGGCUUUGACUGUUGGAGGUGCACUGUACUGUUUGGUGGCUCUAGCUGCACAGCCUAAGAAUAAGUAAAGGGUUAUUCUCCCCAGCAUGUUUGCAAGUCCAUACAUUGGUAUUCAUGUACUUUAAAAGAGACAGUAAUGUGUGCCUGGAUAUAUUUACCAUCAUGUGGCAAAGGGUAGUGAUGUGUGCAGAUUAUGGGGAGGACUCCACUUCUGACCUCAUAUACAUCAAAUAGUCCUGCUGCAAUGAGCAACGCUCCGGUCAAUACAAAGGGAUAAUUGUUUAGCUUAUUUAACAGCAAUAACUAUGUGUUGGUGGAUAAAAGGGAUUUGUUAGUAUUCAUAUAAUUUCCGUAGUACAGAAUGUAAAGGUUUCUCUGCAUUUAAAUGACAUUCACACACAGCAGCCACCUACAGCCCAUCUAAGCCAAGCUUAUGGUGUCAGUGUUAGAGUCUGUUUUGAGAAUGAGAUUGAAGAAGCAUCGAACAGGGGAGGAAAAAAGGGGAGGAAACUGUAUCUCACAGUUUUGUUGAUUGCUGCUACAUUUACUGCGACUGGUCUCAUCUCUGUGAAUGAGUUUGGUAUAAAAAUAAGGUAUGUUUGUUUAGUGAAUAAAAACAGAGCACUUUGUAUUCAAAAUAACAAAUAUAUGCUAUUUAUAUAUGUGACAUAAAUAACUGUCAAAAAUUCUUUUAGUAUAUAUGUUCUUGUUAUAUGUUCUUGUUAAUUGAAUAUGUUCUUGUUAUGUUAAAAUAAUGAGAAAUAUAUGAUGGAUGACUAUUUGCACAUUAUUUUCCAUAUUCAUAUAAACUUUCUUAUGGAUCACUGAAAAGGAUGUAUGAGGUUUGUUUUUUUCCCCAACUCAUGGUUGUGUCAUUCCAUUCGUUCACAUGGCAACAAGAGUUUGAAACACAGUUGUAAAAGGAUUGUAAGGAUUCAGUGACAAACAAAAGACUUUUGAAUGUGCCUCUCUUUUUUCCAACCAAAACGAUCAGGAACUUUGUCUAUACUACUGAUGACAACAGAGGUGCAUUGUUCUCCAGAUUUUAUUUUCAUACAUUUCUUUGCAGUCACUGGUAAUAAUACAUGAUGAAUCUGAUGGCUUGCCUGACUGUUGGCUGAAGUUUGAUAGGCUGUCACAAUACAAAGCAGUGCAAGGCAGUCUUUGACAAUGAGAUGGGAUAAUUUAUUUGCUAUGGCUUGACGUCUGUGGUAAUGAAAGACCAUUUAUACCCAGCCCUAGACAGAGUCAUCAGCAGCUGAAAUGAUCCAUCACACUAGGCUUAAUAGCGCCACACCAAACCACAAAUUGUGCACAGAUACAAACAAAGAAAGCAUGACAAAGACUGAACUGGUGUAGUGAUUUAUUCGGACUGCAUCCAAAAUAGGCAUGUGGACGGUUAAAUGUGAAUCAAUAAACACUUUGGCGAUUUCAGUAAUGGUCUAUAGACAAUGACUUUUUAUUCCUUGACGAUCAAUGGUAAUUUUCUUCAGUUUGAGACUGAGAUGUAAGAGAAAUGUUGUAACUAUGGAAACAUAAGGACUCUUUACAGGUGUGUCCUGAUUUGCCAGAAAUGUAUGAAUUCUAAUUUAACUGACUUUGUCAAUGAUAUUGAUUUUACAUCUAAAUCAGAUUGCCAGCAGUCGCAACUGGUAACGAGUAUAAUAGGUUAGGUGUGAGAAGGAAAGUGGUUAAUUUGCACAGGAAGCUCAGACACCUCACUCUGUCCUUGUUUUUCAUUAGAAGUUUUUAUUGCAGAUAUGCAAGCUAUGAUAUAUGUCUAUGGUGGAUAACAAUAUGUGCAAGGAUACACUAUACAGUACAAUUGUUAGUUCACAAUAUAUGCUCUCACCCAAUUUAUAGCUUCCACACUUUACUAACCUGUGAUUUCUUAUGAAAAAAAAACCAAAUCAAGAAUGAACCGGCGGGUGAGGAAAGAGCAGGGAAAGAGCAGACAUUGCGGGGGUGCAGGGAGCUGGGAGUUGGAUUGGUGUGAGACCCCCCAGCCUGUGGAUCUGACUGGUUGAUGGAGAGCCAUCGUUUUUCUCCAUCUGCAUCCCUGCUGCUCUCUUGGCUCAGACAAGCUUGUUCUCAUACUGCUCUGGGGAAUAUGUGCUUGCGUGUGUUUUCCAGAACAAUUUGUCAUUUACUUUACCCCACUCUCUCAUACGUUAUUUCUGGACCUUAUCAUAUGUAGUAAGAA